AUGUCGAAAGAUCCUGGCGAGCUCUCACUGAGCAAGCUUCUCUCAACUCUCACCACAAACUUGCAACCAACCGUCUACGUCUUUGCCACUUUCACGGACCUUUCGACACUACCACCAUUGUCCGAGACUCAGAUGCUGUUCAAAGAAUCAGAGGGCGUGACAGCAAUUGUCAGCAAAGAAUAUGCAGAGUCUCACAACAUCGAGUAUUUCUUCCCUUGCAAGAUGAUCAGUCUCGACGUUACGUCAAGCUUGGAAGCUGUGGGUUUCAUGGCUGUCAUCGCCACCAAGCUGGCGGCGAAGGGGAUCGGGUGUAACCCUGUCAGCGGGUUCUAUCAUGAUCACAUAUUUGUUCCUCUUGGUCGUGAGGAUGAGUCUGUGGAAGUUCUUGCGCAAAUAGCGGCAGAGAACAAGGGAGAGACGGACAACGCAUAA